GACAUCCGUUGUCUUAAUUUCGGUUAUAAAUAAGCGCUAGUAUGAUAAUGUUGGUUGACCUUAAUUAAAUGUUAGUAUAAAUGUAUUUAGUAAUGAAGCACUUAAGCAUUGUUUUAAGUAAUUAGUACAUUCGUCUGAACGCUAGAUGGUUUACAAAUAGAUUGUGUCAUCAGUAUACAAUGACUAUGAUUGAACGUGUUGAUUGAUGAAAACUAAAACUCAACUAAUUAAAAUAACAAAAGGAUUUUACAUAUUUGUCUGUGCAAUCAUUUUGCAUAUGAAAUAAAGAAAUAGUCGGAGAUGUGAUCCUGGUGUAACACAUCUGUUAAAAGACAACCAGAUUAACAUAUUUAACCAAAAUGAUAUGCUAGAUUCUAUGAAGAAGUUUCUGGGAUGUUAAUAAAAUAACUGUAACAAGAUUGUCUAUCAAGUACAUACAUCACUAUUGAGUAAGGAAUUUGUUGAUCUCUGGGAAUAUAUCAAGAUGAAAGACAAGGUUGUUGAGAAGAAUGUGGACUAUCCUGAAAAUCCUCCAUGGACAAUGUUCUUUGAUGGACCUUUGUAUCAGGAAUACGAUAAAUUCAUGAAAACUAAAGAUUUUUCGCAGAUUUUACUUAACACCAAGUUGAGGCUAGCAAACAACUCACAAAGUCCAGAAGCCAUCAAUCCUGCCUACACUCUAGACGAUGAACACUGGGAGAAGCAACAAGACGUUGAUCCAACCGGCAGCACUUACCAGUAUGUUUCGGAAGACUAUUACCAAAGAAUAAGCGAGGAUGAAAAACGUCGUACACGGAGAACUCGUGCAUUUAUCAUCAUCAGCCUAGUCAUCAUGGCGGCUCUUGCCUUCGGAACUGCCUUGGUCAUUCACUUCGUCUUCAUAGAGCCGUUGGAUACACCAAAACACUCUCUAAACGUGUCUUCUUUCGGUAACGUAACCUCUACUGACCAACCAGGACUUACCACGCCGGUCCCUAUGGAAAAGCAAACAGAACAGAAGCCAUUACAACUUGAGGAUUUACUGAAAGUUCCCGAUCACAGUCCCCACGACCACAGACCCCAUGAUCACAGCCCCCAUGACGACAGUACACACGACCAUAUACUUAAUCCUGUUGGUAAAAUAUUUGAUGACCAAUUUUCAGCUGUGACAGAAAUUACUACUACUGAAACUCCUGUAACAUCCACCAUGUCAACUUCUACAACUUCGAUAUCAACAACGACACUGACCUAUCUAUUACAUUUGAAUCCGUACUCAGGCUCGGACGGAGAUCACGUACACAUGCAUCCCAAGGACAAGAGUAAAUUAAUCACGACAACACGAGUCACUUCAGUUAUAAAGAAAGCGAAGAAAAAACCCACAUCUACCACAUUGAUUGAUCAUAUAGACUUUUUCGGAAUGGACGAUUCAGCUUCUACAACACAGUCCAUGAACACAACUCUUUCCGAUGCUGAUUUCUUUGGCAUAGAUGAAUACUAUUACGAUGAAACAACUAUUUCCAAACCUGAAACAAGUCCACAAGUAACAUCUAAAACACCUUCAGUAACAACAGCUUCUAAUGCUGCAACAUCUACAGUUAAUUCAUCAGGUUCUCUAACUUCUAGUGUGUCAACUCAUUCUGGUCAUGAUUCUUUAUUAAAGAAGAAUACGACAGAAGAAACAACGUCUAAACCAAAAAUAUCUUCCAUUGUUGAAGUCACAAUAGUACCAUAGUGUACCAUAGGUCUUGUAGACUUUCUGUAUAUAAAAUCUUCCAGUAUGUAAAUAUGUAUUUUGCUUUUAAAAAGGUCAAACAUCUUUCAAAAACUACCAGAAUUAAGACCAAUCCAAUAGAAUUGUAAGUUAUGAUGUCAAAAAUAUAUAUUAAGCUUCUUUUCAGAAAAAAGAGAGUACAUUUUGUUCACAUUUAGGUUUGAUAAGAAACAAAUCGAAAGACAAGGUAGAUAAAAUUUCGAAUAUUUUUUCAUUCUAAUGUAUGUAGCCUAUGCUUAAUGAUUGUCCUUCCGUCCAUUAGGCCAUACAAAGUAGUUUUCGCUAUCGAGUAUGGACCACGGACAUAUCACCAGUCAUCCACUUAAAGGGUUAUUUUUAGGCAAACAGCGGUUAUGUACCACCGUGCAUUUCCACAGGAGAAAAGAUAUACAGUGUAUUUCGAGCCGAAGAGAGGUCACUGUAAAGUGGCAAAUGAGAACAUAUACAUACAGUAACCAGAGACAAUGAGUUACAAGAAUUUGACGAAUGCAAUAGCCGAGA